AGGAAACUCUUUGGUUGACAAUGCAGCAAGGAGAUUCACUGAUUGACGAGUUCGUUCUUCAAAUGCAGCCCCUAGAAGAGCCCAUCUUUUUUAUUCCAAAGGAAGACAGAAAUGCGGUAGCUUUCCUGUGUAGGUCUCAACGGUUUACCGAACGCGGGCAAAAGGUGGCAUGCGUCUUGGACUCUGCACAUCAUCAGCUACGCAUACAGUAUAUGAGAGACAGCAGUAGUGAAUGCAAAUAUCUAGAUUUUGCAGACAUGAAGUUGGUAAUUUCUUCUGGAAGACAAGCACGAAGAGCACGUGGUGGAGAGAUGACAGGCCAUCUUAUUAAUAUUUACUAUGGGAAUUGGCCUUGGAAAGUUCUCAGUCUUUCUUCUCCAGAAGCUGAUGUAGCUGAUCUAUGGGUUAAAGGUUUAAAUGUUGUGUUGAAGUCUGCUAAUCAGUACUUCAGAGGGAUGGAUGGCAGGAGUAAUGCAAGAGAAUUUUAUGAUAAUCCUCGGGUGGAUUAUUGGUUGAAGAAACGGUUUACACAGGUGUACAGGCAACAUGGAGGAAAGGUACCCAUAGCAGCUGCUAUUUCUGAGUUUACUGGCAUUACAGCUGCAAGAGCAGAGCAGUUGUUGAAUAUCUUGAAAGGGAUCGAUGAUCUCUUACUUCUGCGACUUGAAGUCAACAAACAUCAUAUGUGUUUUGACUCUUUUUGUAAGCUUCACCUAGUAAUGUGGCUAGCCAGAAGAAGAGACAUUAUUGAGCAUUUUGAGAUGUACGCUCAUAAACACAACCCGUUGGAUAGGCAAAGUCUGUUGCGAGCACCACCUGACACUUUUGACUAUCAGCUACAGCAUAUUGUAAAGUUUGUCAAUAUGAAGUUGACAUUGAAUGCCGAGUGUUUCCAUGCUUUUUUGAAACAACAAGGCACUAGAGUAGAACUUCAAGAGGCUGAGUCAAUGAUUGAUCAAUUGAUGGAUGGAUUUCGAGCAGAUACGCACAGCUUGAAUGUCCUUGGAUUUGCACGUUAUUUUAUUAGUCACAGGAAUUCUGCUUGUGAUUUGGAUUCUCCAAAACUGACACCGCUUGAUGACAUGGAGCAGCCAUUAUCUCAUUAUUACAUUGCAUCAUCACACAACACAUAUCUGACUGGAAAUCAGUUCACGAGCAAAUCCAGCACUGAUAUGUAUAUUCAGGUUUUGCACUUGGGAUGUCGUUGUCUUGAAUUAGACUGUUGGGAUGGAAGUGAUGAUCAACCAGUCAUACGUCAUGGAUACACUAUGACAUCAGAAAUUUUGUUUUCUGAUGCUGUGGAAGUCAUUGCAGAACAUGCCUUUGUGACAACUCAUUAUCCUCUCAUUCUUUCCCUUGAAAACCACUGUGGUCAAAAGCAGCAGCAGUUAAUGGCAGAGAUUCUCUGUAAAUUCCUUGGCAAAUAUCUACAGACAAGCUAUUUGGAAGGAAAUAAGUGUGGCAAAGAGUUGCCAUCUCCAGAGCAAUUGAAGUAUAAAGUUCUCAUCAAGCAAAAGAAAGGGUUAGAAAUAGCAAAAGUGGCAGGUGAACAACAAUCUCCAAAGACAGAAUUCUACUUGCCGUUUCCGGAGGAACCAUUUAAAGCCAGCAGGGGAGAGCAUUUAAACCUUCAUUCGUCUAUUGAAUUUGAAAGCAAUAGUGAUGAAAGUGUUCCUGUCAGCAAGAAAGAAACUGACAGCAAUAGACAUCAGUCCGUUAGUGGGUCAUCUGGUGAAGAAAGAGAUGAUGGUUCUGAAAGUGACAUAUGUAGUCCAACAGAAGGUGAUAAGGCAUUUGGCAGGGACGAGAUACUUGAGCCUGAAAUAGAGGACUCUGAUCUUGAAGAUAUAGAGGACGUCCAGCCAAUCAUUGACAGUGUAGAACUGUCUUUCCUUGAAAACUCUGAGAUCAAGAUGAGCAGUGACAAAUGCUUGCUGCCACCACCUGCCAGUAGGGGUGAACAGUGUGACAUAGACUCUGAUCAUGUAAAGAGAUCCAAACGUGGUUCAUUUAUUCAAUUUGUGACAAAGCUAAAGAGGCUCAAGGGGAGUCGAUCAAGUCUUUGUGCGUCGUCAGAACAGCAAAUGUCACCUUUGAUGCCACCAAAGAGAUGGACUAUAGCGUCUUCUGCAGUUGUUCCAGAGUUGUCACAAUUAGUGACCUAUGUACAGCCUGUUCCUUACUCAAGACUAAAGGGUUAUGGCUACAUGAAUGAUCAAAAGCGUCCUUGUGUGGAAAUGUUCUCAGUACCAGAGGGUAUAGCUACAAAGCUUUGUAAAGAAAAGCCAGCUGAAUAUACAACGUACAGUUGUCGGCACACCAGCAGAGUGUAUCCAUCUCCAGUGCGUGUAGAUUCAAGCAAUUUCAACCCAUGUCAGUUUUGGCAAUGUGGUUGCCAGAUGGUUGCUCUCAACUAUCAGACCAACGAUGCCAAUUUGCAGCACUACUUGUCAAUGUUUCAGCAGAAUGGAGGAUGUGGUUAUCUUCUCAAACCCAAAUAUCUAAGGGAAAUGAUUUUUGACCCAGUUUUGGGUACACACAAUAGUGCUGUGGAACUAAGUGUUAAGGUUUGGUCUGCACAAAAUGUACCAGAAUGCUUCAGGUCAAUUUCUUUGUCUAUUGAGGUUUUUGGUCUGUUGUCUGAUAUGGCUCAAUAUCAGUCAUCUGCUAUUUCCAAUAAGACUGGAUUUCCAGUUAUGAAUGUUCAUUUCAGAACAUGUAUGGACUUUCCUGAGCUAACGUCAAUACGCUUUGCUCUUUUUGGAGAAAAUCUAGAUGAAAUUGGAUUUAUUCGACUGCCUGUGAAAUGUUUUCAUAGUGGUUAUAGGCACAUGUACUUACAGUCAAGACAAGUAUCACUUUGUGGACCAUUGUCACUGUUUGCAAGGAUCAAAGUAAGAAAGAUCAGCAGUUCUGACAAUGGUAGGAAACAAUCAGUGCAGUCAAUUGACAAUUCCCCUUUCUUCUUUCGUGUGUGGACCACAGUUGACAGGCAACAGUUCGACACAGUUUGUAUCACAGAUACAGAGACAGUUCAAGAGAAAAUUCAAGGUUUUCUAAGGCAUGGAACUUUCCAGUCAACAGUUUUGUGCAUGACAGCGGAAGCUACAACGGAAGCUCUUAUUAGCUUGAUUUUAGAGGAAGCUAAUGGUGAUGGGAAGCUUUGUGAAUGUUUUGGCUUGCGGUUGGUGAAAGAUGGUGCUGAGGCGCAGUUGCUGAGACAAAAUGAAAAGGCACUACAAGUUCUUCAUAAAAAGGGCACAACUUGCUUACUUCUUCAGAAGACUCAAGAGUCACGUAUUUGUGUUCAUCUGGAUGAACACUGUGGGAGAGCACGACGUUCCACAGUUGUGGACUUGACUUCAUUGACUACAGCAAGAAACUUGGUUAAUUAUGUUGUGAGUUGUCAAGAACCAGGAGACAAUUUUGUUCUGGCCGUUUGUCAAUUGGAAAGUAAAACACGGGCACGUAAUGUUAUCAAGGAUUUAGAAGAUUCACAACCUCUGGAAGAAAUCCAAGCGCAAUUAAAGGACGGUUGUGAAUUGUAUGUCUACAAGAAGAUGACGUCUGAUGGUGGUUCACUUGGGUCGGGGACUAUCAGUACCAAGGAAAUUGGUCAGAUUGAAGUAAAGGUACAAGAACUUAAUAUGAAGACAGUGACUGUUGUGACUGAUUCUAACACAAGAGUGAGGGACAUCAUUAAGGAGGUAGUUAAGAAAGAGCACCUUCGGGAUCAGGAAGUUGGAGGGAGCAUCUUUAAGGAAUUUUCUCUUGUUCAACGGUUGAGCAGUGAUGAUAGAGAUGAGAUAGUUCUGCUGCCUGAUCAAGUGAUUGCACACACUACUAGUAGUAAGAAGUUAGGACAAAGGACUGAAUAUAUUCUCCAUGAUAAAAGAGAAAAAAUUCGAGCUCGUUCUCCCCUAAUUACCAGGUCUCAAGCCAAAAUGUAUAAGGAUGGUCGAGAAUCAAGAAAGAAGUAAGAAAGAAGAUGGAUGAUUCUUAAUACCCUUUACAUUCAUUUAGUUCUCUCAUUUUACGAGAGCUGCAUGAUGUUAUUGAGGCGCAACCGUCAAGUGCUUAGAACAUUACAAACGGCUACUAUUCA